UCACCUUCUUCCCCUCCCUCUUCUCCCAACUCACCUCGUCACUUCCAUGAAUUGUUGCGUUCGCUCCUGAGAGUGAAGAGUCCCUCAAGCUUCGCCAUUGCUUUGAACCGCCGUUCCCUGCCUCCCCAGCUUUCCCCUCAUUCGCUCCACGAUGGCGAGCCCACCGCCUGUCCCCGAGGACCAAAACCGCCUCCUCGAGGAGGCGUUGGGGGUGGUGCGGCAGCAGUCGGCUAUGAUGCGCAAAUGCCUUGAGACCCCCGGGAAGCUGAUGGAUGCGCUCAAGUGCGGAUCAACCCUUGUUUCUGAAUUGCGAACUCCCAGUCUCGGACCGAAGCAGUAUUACGAGUUAUACAUGGCCGUUUUCGAUUCGCUGCGACACCUUUCCGUCUACCUGAAAGAGAACCACCCCGUCAACCACCUGGCCGAUCUGUAUGAGCUGGUCCAAUAUGCCGGCAAUAUUGUACCCCGUUUAUAUCUGAUGAUCACCGUCGGUACCGUAUACAUGUCGGUCGAGGAUGCGCCAGUCAAGGAGAUUAUGAAGGACAUGAUGGAGAUGAGCCGCGGCGUCCAGCACCCGAUUCGGGGCUUGUUCCUGCGAUACUAUCUGACAGGCCAGGCGAGGGAUUUCCUCCCCGAUGGGACUGGUGACGGGCCCGAGGGCAACCUGCAGGAUUCGAUCAAUUUCGUUUUGACUAAUUUCGUGGAGAUGAAUAAGCUCUGGGUCCGGCUACAGCACCAGGGUCCCUCGAGAGAGCGGGAAAGACGGAUACAGGAGAGGCGUGAGCUAGAGCUGCUGGUAGGCAGCAACAUUGUGCGAUUGAGCCAGCUGGUGGAUCUCGAGACAUACAAGUCCGGCAUUCUACAGGCGCUUCUUGAGCAGGUAGUGCAGUGUCGUGAUGUCCUGGCACAAGAAUAUCUCUUGGAAGUUAUUACCAAGGUCUUCCCCGAUGAAUUCCACCUCCACACGCUGGAUCUCCUCCUGUCCGCCAUCGCCCGACUCAAUCCACAUGUCGAUUUGAAGAAGAUCGUUAUUGGUCUGAUGGACCGCUUGUCAUCAUAUGCCCAGAAGGAUUCGGAGUCGCGUGCUGAGCCAGAAACGCGGAAGCAGAAUGAGGAAGAAGCAGUCACUCGGUUAUUGCAGAAGCUCGAGCUGGACAAGGAGAAGAAAAAGCAAGAAUCCACCGAGGCGCCUGUCGCUGGCACUGUCAAGGAGAAUGGUACCGAUGAGCCAAGCAAGUCCGAGGAGCCGUCAGGGCAUGCACAGGAGCAAGACCAAGCCGUCAACGGAGAGGAUGAGAAGGCUACUUCUCCCCCGGAAGUCAAGCUGUACGACAUCUUCUACAAGCAGGUGGUUGAUCUGAUCAAGACACGCGCAUUGCCGAUUCAAGAUGCCAUGGCUCUCUUGGUAUCCCUCGUCAAUCUCGCGUUGAAUAUCUACCCGGACCAGCUGGAGUAUGUCGACCAGGUCCUCGACUUUGCAGCUCAAAAAACCGCUGAAUACACCGAUCACGCCGAUUUGCACUCAGCACCAACACAGCAGCACAUCCUCCACCUUCUCAAUGCUCCGAUCCACUCCUAUGUUUCCAUCUUCACAGCCUUGGCUUUGCCGCACUACCUGCCGCUUCUCACAUCUCAGUCGUAUCCCACCCGGAGAUCUAUCGCGGGCGAAAUCAUUCGAAGUCUUCUCAAAAACAAGAUUUUCGUCUCGACAACGGAGAACCUUGACCGUGUGCUGCAGACUGCAAAGGUCCUGAUUAAGGAGGGCGUGCAGCAAUCUGCAGGAUACCCGGGGGUGCAAACGCAACGACGAGGAGGAGAGACCGAUGAGACGAUUGAGGAGCAAGGAUGGCUUGCGCGGUUGGUGCACUUGAUCCAGGCACCAGAUAAUGAUACCCAGCUCAAGCUUCUUCAAGCAACGCGCAAGGCCUACAUGGAGGGCAAUGAGCGCAUUCGAUACACCACACCCGCCAUUAUUACAGCCUCGAUUCGCCUGGCUCGAAAGCUGAAGUCACGCGAGCACUAUGAUGACAACUGGCAAUCACAAUCCUCAUCGCUAUAUCGCUUCAUGCACCAGUGUAUCAACAACCUGUACCAGCGGGUGAAUCCUGGCUGUGCGGAUCUGGCACUACGGCUAUUCGUGAUGUGCGGUGAAGUAGCCGACCAAACCGGUUUCGAGGAAGUCAGCUACGAGUUCUUCGCGCAGGCCUUCACUAUCUACGAAGAUGCGAUUAGCGACUCGCGCGCUCAGUUCCAGGCAGUCUGCGUCAUUGCAGGUGCCCUUCACGGCGCCCGCGGCUUCUCCAAGGAGAACUACGACACCCUCAUCACCAAGGCCGCCCUGCACGGGAGCAAGCUUCUCAAGAAGCCCGAUCAGUGCCGUGCAGUGUACCUUGCAAGUCACCUCUGGUGGGUUGUCGAGAACCCGCAGCGCGGGGACGAAGAUCCCCAGAAUCUCUAUCGUGAUGGGAAACGAGUCCUCGAGUGUCUCCAGCGUGCUCUGCGAGUCGCAGAUGCCUGCAUGGACACUGCUGUUUCCGUCGAACUCUUUGUCGAGAUCCUCAACCGUUACGUCUACUACUUUGACCAGCAAAACGAGACCGUCACCACCAAGUACCUCAACGGUCUCAUCGAGCUCAUCCACUCCAACCUGCAGACCAGCGAGGAAGAGCCUAACUCCAGUCUUGAUGGACCGAAGCGCCACUUCGAGCGCACCCUCGAGUACAUCCGGUCUCGGGAUUACGAGGGUGUUGUGACUGAGCGGCAGUAG